GAAGAAAGAAACCUAGGUUUGCUUGCACUGGAAUCUACCUUAUGAAAACAGAAUGAAGAAAGAAAGGCGCAAGAUUAUUAUCAUACGCCAGGAGGGAUGAGGCGAUAAAAGAAAGAGGCGCACGGUGCUAUCUUGCGCCCACGUUGUCCAAACCUGUUUGUGUGUGCUUUCAUUCUCUCGCUUGCACCACAUCUCUCUCUGCCUCCUAUCUCUGCGUCUAAGAUUUCAAUACUCGUGAGAAAACUACUAACACGAACAAGAACAAGAACAAGACGAAAGAAAACGAAACAAUGAAGCAAGCUUCGGCCGAGGCAGUUCCUUCCCUAUCUUCUACGCCGUCGUUCACGGAGGCGGCAACAUCGUCGUCAUCCUCCGCCGCUGCGGCGGAGGACCUGGCAGUGGGGUCGCGGGACGGUGGCGGCGGGGCUCAGGAGACGGUGGCGGUGGAUCGGCGAGGCGAGUACUCCGCCGUGUGUCGAUGGACGGUGCACAAUUUCCCGAGAAUAAAGGCUAGGGCACUGUGGAGCAAAUACUUCGAGGUAGGCGGUUACGAUUGUCGGUUGCUAAUAUAUCCUAAGGGUGACUCACAGGCGCUUCCUGGGUACAUCUCCAUCUACCUCCAAAUCAUGGACCCUCGCGGUACCUCCUCUUCCAAAUGGGACUGUUUCGCGAGUUAUCGGUUGGCAAUCGUGAACGUAGCUGACGAUUCCAAAACCAUUCACCGAGAUUCCUGGCACCGAUUCUCCAGUAAGAAGAAAUCACACGGUUGGUGUGAUUUCACACCCUCUUCCACUGUUUUCGACCCCAAAUUGGGAUACCUCUUCAAUACGGAUUCCGUUUUGAUCACUGCGGAUAUUCUCAUUCUCAAUGAGUCCGUUAAUUUCACGCGGGACAACAAUGAGUUGCAGUCCUCAUCUUCGUCGUCGUCUUCGACAAGUUCCUCCGUUGUUGCAGGUCCCGUGUCUGAUGUGUUGAGUGGUAAGUUCACUUGGAAAGUGCAUAAUUUCAGUCUGUUUAAGGAGAUGAUCAAGACACAGAAAAUAAUGAGCCCGGUGUUUCCUGCGGGGGAAUGUAAUUUGAGAAUAAGUGUGUACCAGAGCUCUGUGAAUGGGGUUGAGUAUUUGUCUAUGUGUCUGGAGAGCAAGGACACGGAUAAGACUGUGGUGUUAUCUGAUAGGAGUUGUUGGUGUUUGUUUAGGAUGUCUGUGUUGAACCAGAGGCCUGGUUCCAAUCACAUGCAUAGGGAUUCUUAUGGCCGGUUUGCGGCUGAUAAUAAGAGCGGUGACAAUACCAGCUUGGGAUGGAAUGAUUACAUGAAAAUGUCGGAUUUUAUCGGUGUGGAUUCGGGGUUUUUGGUGGAUGACACCGCUGUUUUUAGCACCUCAUUUCAUGUGAUCAAGGAGUUUAGCAGCUUCUCCAAGAAUGGUUCUGUGAUUGCCGGGAGAAGUGGGAGUGGUGCUAGGAAGUCUGAUGGGCAUAUUGGAAAGUUCACUUGGAGAAUUGAGAAUUUUACUAGAUUGAAGGAUUUGCUAAAGAAGAGGAAAAUCACGGGUCUGUGCAUCAAGAGCCGGAGGUUUCAGAUUGGUAAUAGGGAUUGUCGACUUAUUGUUUACCCUCGAGGGCAGUCUCAGCCACCAUGUCACCUUUCAGUGUUUCUUGAAGUUACAGAUUCAAGAAAUACUUCCAGUGAUUGGAGUUGUUUUGUUAGUCAUCGUUUAUCAGUUGUGAACCAGAAGAUGGAGGAUAAAUCUGUCACCAAGGAAUCUCAGAACCGCUACUCAAAAGCUGCAAAGGAUUGGGGUUGGCGUGAAUUUGUGACACUCACCAGUCUCUUUGAUCAAGAUUCAGGUUUUCUUGUCCAGGACACUGUCAUAUUCUCUGCUGAGGUUCUUAUAUUGAAGGAGACAUCAAUAAUGCAGGAUUUUACUGAGCAUGAUUCUGAGUUGAGCAGCAGUGGCUCUCCUCUGGAUAAUUCUGGCAAAAGAAGUUCAUUUACAUGGAAAGUUGAGAAUUUCUUGUCUUUCAAGGAAAUAAUGGAGACACGAAAAAUCUUCAGUAAAUUCUUUCAAGCUGGUGGAUGUGAACUUCGAAUUGGUGUAUAUGAGUCGUUUGACACGAUAUGUAUUUAUUUAGAGAGCGAUCAGGCUGUUGGUAGUGAUCCCGAUAAAAAUUUCUGGGUGAGAUACAGGAUGGCUGUUGUGAAUCAAAAGAACCCAGCCAAGACAGUGUGGAAAGAAUCCUCUAUCUGCACAAAGACGUGGAAUAAUUCUGUUUUACAAUUCAUGAAGGUUUCUGAUAUGUUAGAAGUGGAUGCAGGAUUUCUUGUACGUGACACUGUUGUUUUUGUAUGUGAAAUAUUGGAUUGCUGUCCUUGGUUUGAGUUUUCCGAUUUAGAGGUUUUAGCAUCAGAGGAUGAUCAAGAUGCAUUGACAACUGACCCUGAUGAGCUCAUUGACUCUGAAGACAGUGAAGGGAUAAGUGGAGAUGAGGAAGAUAUUUUCAGAAAUCUUCUUUCUAGAGCUGGAUUCCAUUUAACAUAUGGAGAUAAUCCUUCUCAGCCACAAGUUACUUUAAGGGAGAAACUUCUAAUGGAUGCUGGUGCAAUUGCAGGGUUUCUUACUGGUCUUCGAGUCUAUCUUGAUGAUCCUGCAAAAGUGAAGCGCCUGCUUCUACCUACCAAGCUGUCUGGUAGUUGUGAUGGGAAGAAGGCCACCAAAGCUGAUGAAUCUUCCCCAAGUUUGAUGAAUUUGCUGAUGGGAGUUAAAGUCUUGCAGCAAGCUAUCAUAGAUUUACUAUUAGAUAUAAUGGUCGAGUGCUGUCAACCUUCUGAAGUAGGUCCUGUUGCUGAUUCUGUUGAUGCAUGUUCUAAACCUUCUUCAGAUGGAAGUGGAGCUGCUACUCCUCUUGAGUGUGAAAGAGAAAGUGGAACAAUGGAGUCUGCACGAGUUCCUGGUAAUGAGAGACUGGAUUCUGUUGUUGAAGAAAGCAGUAAUACAUCUGCUGUGCAGAGUUCUGAUUUAAAAGGGAAUGGUAUUCAGGAAAAAGCUGUUCCUGGACAUCCUAUUUGUCCACCAGAGACAUCUGCCACCGCAUCAGAAAGUGCAUCAUUUCGGUCAAAGACCAAGUGGCCAGAACAGUCUGAGGAGCUUUUAGGUUUAAUUGUAAACUCACUAAGAGCUUUGGAUGGGGCUGUUCCUCAAGGCUGUCCAGAACCAAGACGUCGGCCUCAAUCUGCACAAAAAAUUACUCUUGUAUUGGACAAAGCUCCUAAGCAUUUGCAAGCUGACCUUGUUGCUUUGGUACCUAAAUUGGUUGAGCAGUCUGAACAUCCACUUGCUGCCUAUGCACUUCUUGAGCGUCUUCAAAAGACAGAUGCAGAACCUACUUUACGAAUACCAGUUUUUGGGGCUCUUAGUCAAUUGGAGUGUGGUAGUGAAGUGUGGGAACGCAUUCUGUUUCAGUCAUUUGAGCUUUUGAAUGACUCAAAUGAUGAACCCCUUGCUACAACGAUAGAUUUUAUAUUCAAAGCGGCAUCUCAAUGUCAACACCUCCCUGAAGCAGUUAGGUCUGUUCGUGUCAGGCUGAAAAAUCUAGGUCUUGAGGUGUCACCUUGCGUCCUUGACUUUUUAAGUAAGACUAUAAAUAGUUGGGGGGAUGUUGCUGAAACCAUACUCAGGGACAUUGAUUGUGACGAUGACUAUGGUGACAAUUGCUCAGCUCUUCCAUGCGGUAUUUUCUUAUUCGGUGAACAUGGCACUUCUCCCAGUGGACUGCAUGUGAUUGAUGAGCAGGCUUAUCAAGCUAGUCGUCAUUUUUCUGAUAUUUAUAUAUUGUUUGAGAUGUUAUCCAUUCCUUGCCUUGUUGCUGAAGCUUCCCAAACAUUUGAGAGAGCUGUAGCUCGAGGUGCAAUAAGUGCUCAGUCUGUAGCCCUGGUAUUGCAAAGCCGUCUUUCCCAAAGUUUGAGUAAUAAUGGAAGAUAUGUUUCUGAAAAUUUCCAACAUACAGAUGGUUCUACAGAGGGAGAUGCCUGUGAGCAAUUGGGAGUUCAGAGGGAUGAUUAUACUUCUGUUCUUGGCCUUGCUGAAAAUUUGGCCCUAUCUAUAGAUCCAUGCGUGAAAGAGUUUGUUAAACUGCUCUACAUGAUAAUGUUUAGAUGGUUUGCCAAUGAAUCUUAUAGGGGGAGGAUGCUGAAGAGGCUUGUUGACCGUGCCACUAGCAAUACUGACAGUGGUCGCGAAGUAGAUUUUGAUUUGGAUAUAUUGGUUACUUUGGUCUGUGAGGAGCAGGAGUUUAUCAGGCCUGUUUUGAGUAUGAUGCGUGAAGUUGCUGAACUUGCAAAUGUGGACAGGGCUGCACUAUGGCACCAGUUGUGUGCUAGCGAGGAUGAAAUUAUUCGCAUUCGUGAAGAAAGCAAAACUGAGAUUUCUAAUAUGGCUAAGGAAAAAGCUAAUAUAUCACAAAAGCUAAGUGAAUCUGAAGUGACGAACAAUCGAUUGAAGUCUGAAAUGAGGGCUGAGAUGGAUCGAUUUUCUCGGGAAAAGAAGGAACUAGCUGAACAAGCUCAAGAAGUUGAGAGUCAGCUUGAAUGGCUUCGCUCAGAACGUGAUGAUGAAAUUGCAAAGCUCUCUGCAGAGAAGAAAGCACUUCAUGACCGUUUACAUGAUGCAGAGACACAACUUUCUCAGUUGAAGUCUCGGAAACGUGAUGAAUUAAAGAAAGUAGUCAAGGAGAAAAAUGCCCUUGCCGAGAGAUUGAAGAAUGCUGAAGCUGCACGCAAGAGAUUUGAUGAAGAACUGAAAAGAUUUGCAACAGAGAAUGUGACUCGGGAGGAAAUUCGGCAAUCACUUGAAGACGAAGUCCGUAGAUUGACUCAAACGGUUGGACAAACUGAAGGGGAAAAGCGUGAGAAGGAAGAGCAGGUUGCUAGGUGUGAAGCAUAUAUUGAUGGCAUGGAAUCAAAGUUGCAAGCUUGCCAGCAAUAUAUUCACACACUUGAGGCCUCACUCCAGGAGGAAAUGUCAAGACAUGCCCCUCUAUACGGUGCUGGUCUGGAGGCUUUGUCAUUGAAAGAGUUGGAAACACUAUCACGUAUUCAUGAAGAUGGGCUUAGGCAGAUCCAUGCCAUUCAACAGCGUAAAGGGAGUCCUGCAGGGAGCCCUCUUGUGAGCCCCCAUGCUCUCCCUCACACCCAUGGAUUGUAUCCUGCUGCCUCGCUUCCUAUGGCUGUGGGAAUACCUCCCUCAAUCAUCCCAAAUGGUGUGGGGAUCCACAGCAACGGCCAUGUGAAUGGUGCAGUUGGACCCUGGUUUAACCACUCUUGAAUUCUCUCUCGGGUAAUAGAAUGUUAUUCUUUUCGAGUUAUUUGUUUGGUAUUUUGGCCGAUAGAACUGUUGGAGCUGAAUGUUGGGUAAAGGAUUACCGAAGAUUAGAAAUAUUUGGUGAAGUUUUACCUUACAAGUGUUAUUCCAGUGGAACUAUCAGUUGCAAAUGCCGUACUCAUUUGCGCCUACGUCUUUUUGAGGGGGAAAUUAUUACUUACAGGCUUUUUCAAGUUUCCAUAGUUAUAGCUUACUCUUAUUACAUAGUUUUUGGCCGUAUGGUUGAUUCUAUUUUUAUCCCGGGCCAGAGUUUAAGCGCUGUAAGAAGUCUUCACUGACAGUUUUUUAAUACGUAAUCAACAAAGAAAAUCCUUUUUCA